AAUUGUUAAUACUGUUUUUUGAUUCAAUAUAAAUGGAUUCCGCUACAGUAAAAUUGAAUAAAAAAAGCAUUUUUAAGAAAGCUCUACAAAAAAUACAUGCAGAAAAACUAAAAGUUUUUAAAUACGAUGAUUUAGUAAAAUAUAUGUAUUGUCCUACGGACCCCUCUAGUUUAGGAGUAAUACGUUUUUUAUUUGGUAUGCUAAUGUUAAUGGAUAUAAUAGAAGAAAGAGGAGGAUCAAGUAUCGAUUUAAGAUGGGGUAAUCCAAAGGACUGUCAUUUUCCAUUAUUUUCGGUAUUUAGGCCUUUACCCUAUCAAUACAUGACUUUAUUGUAUGGAAUUAUGUGGAUAGGGGCAUUUGGCAUCAUGGUUGGAUUUAAAAUUAAGUUAUUUGUAAUUCUUUUUGGAUUACCUUAUUGGUACCUACUUUUUCUUGACACAUCUUAUUGGAAUAACCAUAGCUAUUUAUAUGGUGUUGUUACAAUAUUAUUAUUGGGUUCUUCGGCAACUAAUUUUAUGUCUGUUGAUUCCCUUCUUGAUAAAAGUAUUAAAAAUAUGAGUGUUCCGUAUUGGAACUAUUUUAUUUUAAAAUUUCAGUUUUUUAUGUUAUACUUUUUGGCUGGAUUAAAAAAAACUGAUUUUGAGUGGCUUGAGGGAUACUCUAUGACAAACUUAGGAUCACAUUGGGUGUUUAUGCCAUUUCAGUCUUUCUUUACUGGGGAGCAAAUUGAUUUUUUUAUAGUACAUUGGUUUGGAUUUAUUUUGGAUUUGACAAUUGGUUUUUGGAUGUUAUUAGAUAAGACGAGGCCUAUAGCGAUGUUGUUUUGUGCUUCUUUUCAUUUAAUGAAUUCAAGAUUAUUUAGUAUAGGAAUGUUCCCUUACGUAUGUUUAGCAACAAUGCCAUUAUUUUGUAAAGAAGACUGGCCUAAGAAGUUAUUUUUACGUAUAUUUAAAAUUGACCAUAAAUUACCAAAACAUGAAACAUGUAAUAAAAUAAAAAGGCAAUACACAAAAAAAAUAACUUGGAAAAAUAGAUUUGUUAUAGCAUUAUUGCUUAGUCAUUGUAGUAUACAAACAUUUUUGCCCUAUUCACAUUUUAUUACUAAAGGAUAUAAUAACUGGACAAAUGGACUAUAUGGAUAUUCUUGGGACAUGAUGGUACAUUCUUGGAAUACAAUAUUGGUGGUUGUUAAAGUUGUGGAUAAUAAUACAGAAAACGAAUAUUUUAUAGAUUCUCAUGCAUGGACCCAAAACGAUAGAUGGAAUAAACAUGCAGAUAUGUGUUUACAAUAUGCUCAAUGUCUUAAGAAAAACUUAAUACAAGAUUACUUAAACAAUAAUCCUUUAAGUAUCCCUGCAAAUGAAGAGCCACAAUUUAUUACGUCUGAAAAUAUAUCAAUUUAUAUAGAUGUUUGGUGUUCAAUGAAUGGUCGUUUUCAACAAAGAAUGUAUAAUCCUAACUAUGAUUUACUUAAAGCUAAUUGGUCUCCUAUUAAACCAGUGCCAUGGUUACUACCACUUUUGUCAAAAUUUAAUGGAUUUAGGAAAAGACUAAAAGAAAUUAGCGAAGAAGUCUACUCUUGGUCCAAUCAAACUGAAGUACUUUUUAUUGCAGAUUUUCCAGGAAUGUAUUUGGAAAAUUUUAUUGGACAAGAUGUAACCAACGUUUCAUUAACCAUUCUUGAAGGAGAAGUUAUAUUUGAAGUUGAAGACAAGAAGUCGAUGCAAUCCAGAGGAGUGAAAUUAUAUAAGGGUGAUAUUAUUUCAAUUCAAGUGGGGUUUUUUCAUAAAAUCCAUACUACUGGAUCAAACCAUUCCUGUUAUAUGUAUAUUUACACUAAAGAACAAGAAAACCCAAGUAAUAUGUUUAAGGUUCAACCUAAUAUGUAUUCUCCAUUUCCAGUAAUUGAAGAUGUUGAAAACCAUUUAAACGCUUUAAUAAAUAUGUUUCAGCAAAUAUUGAAUUCUAUUUUGCAUUUACUAUUUAAUAGGCCACUUAACUUAAGAAAAAAAGGAAUCUAAUAAAUAAUAAUAAAGCUUAAUUUAAUGACAUUAAUAAAAAUUAUACAGGGUGUCCCAGAAGUCGCGCACCAUCUUAAAGGUUUAUGAUAUACGGAUCCCAGAAAAUUGUAAAAAACACCUUCGUUAUAUAAAAAGAUCCAGAAGAUAUCUAUUUUUAAAAUGGCAAGAUUGCAUACUAAUCAAGUGGUAGUUUAAUUUUUAAUUAUUAUAACCAUAGAUAAAGGAAAAGAGAGUAGUCAAAUGCAUUGUUGUAGCAGGAACAGUGUUUAAAGCGCCGCCAUACAUAACUGAUUAAACUAAAUCCAAGUUUGCUUACAAUAAUAGGAUUACCAUUAAUUCUACAUGAUAACCAUAUAAAUAAUAUGUGAUAUAAAUCCAGGCUUUAAAUGUAUUGCCCCAAAUUGUACAAAUAUUUAUUAUUUACCAAUUUACAAAAAUGGCUACAGAAAUAAAAGUUUUUAAAAUUCCCCAACGAUGAACAAAAAAUAUGAUUUAAAGUCAUAAAAAUACCCUACAAAAAAUGUUAUUUAUGUUUUGAUUUAUAUUUUGAUAAGAACGAUUUUUGUGAAGGAUCUAAUGCCAAAAACAAUACCAAUAAAUAUUAGUACUAUUAGUGCUAGUAAUAUCAUACUUUAAGUUUAAUUUAUUUUGUUUAUAUUAUUUAACUUGUAAAUAUCGCACAUGGGCGACAACAGUGUCAUAAGUAGUAAAACUUGAAUUCCGAGAUAUUGACCGUCAAAGAUUUUUGAAUAAUAAAAUUCUCACAUAUUUACAAAAUUAUAUUAACUUACAGUAUUUUCUUUGCAAAGGAUGAACCACACUAAGAUUCUGAGCCAGUUAAAAGUUAAAUUUUAGAAAAUACCCUUUUUGGAUAAGAGCUAUUUGUAGAUAUGUCUGUGUUGCCGAGAAGGUGUGCAUCAAUUUUGGAGAUAUGUCUGUUUUUCUGAAAAUAUGUGCAUGAAUUUGGCAGAUAUGUCUGUAUUGCUAAAAAUGUGUUGAUAAAUUUUUUAAUUAUUCAUUAUUUUAUUGUUGAUUAGGAAUAUGAGGAACGUAUGGCUGGCCCCAUCGGCAACGCCUUACACUGAUUUCCCAGGGUUAUUUUACCACCUUUUUAAACCCGGCUGGUAAAUCUCGCCCAGUAGGUCGUGGAUGACAGUGUUGAUGAUUAAGGCCACUUUCGGAAUUUUGUUGCCAGGCCUGGUCAUACGCCCGAUUUAGGCUAGUGGAGUGCGGACAAACAUUUUUGUUUUCGAGGGACAUUGAACUGACCCAAAACUAAGUACAAUCCCCUCAACCAGGGAUUUAGUAAUUACCUAUUCAAUUGGGGUUCAUAAAGAAGGCUUGGUUGGUUAGUACGCUGCUAGGACCUAUCCUUGCUGGUCUUAAAGUAAGUACUUCCUGUUCGUAUGUGUCUUUGUCCGAGUCGGAUUCCGAUCUGACUAUCGAUAACGUUGCACCCCACUGUGCGGUUGUUUAUUAUUUCGCAUAUGCGAUAGAACGUAAUGUAUGUUUCCCUUAAAUGUCCUUAGUAAACUAGGAAAAACAGGAGUUUCUUUUGCCUAGGGUUUAUCUGAACUUGAGUAUUUAAUGACUGCUUAUGUAAGUCCUUAUUUAUGAUUUCUUUGGCUAUGCUUGCUGUUUGUUCCUAAGGAAACUGUUGGCGACUAAUUAAUUUUUACCUGGUGGACUUCUUUAUAAGUUGAUGUUGCGAAUUUUGCAUUAAAAUUUAGUAUUUGAGUAUUAUUAAGGUCAUCCAAUUUUGGUAGGUUUACUUAUUCGGUUUAUGCAGACUUGGACUUCGGGUGCAUUGACAGGCAGGUGUUGUGAAAUUAUUCCUUAACUUCGACAGCCAACUAUUAGCAGGUAUUGUUUCUGUGUCGUUAAUAAAGGAAAAAUUAUUCGUUGUAUCCAAUAACCUCACUUACCCUUUUUCGCAGGUAGAGCUGUUUGGGAUUUAAUCAAGAAGGAGCUGCCACACGCAACUUGCACCCUUUUUAUACUUGGUUCUGGUAGAUCACUUGUGGAAUCAUUAAUUGAUUUUAUGAAUUUUAACACCGAUAGCGGUGGUAGCACUAUGAAAGUACGAACGCUUUAAACGAGACCCUAGACACACGACCGUUUGCCUUAAGGUGAGGAGGGUCACUUAUUCAUUCUUUUUUCUACUCCCACCUUUAAAACGCCCUUUAUCGUACAUGUUUCCAUGACACUAAGUGACCUUUUAAAUACACAUUGAUAAGUUGUGGCUUUACGGCGCUUUAGUCACGGGCUGAAGUAAGCAACAGGUUUUUAGUCACGGACUGAAGUUAGUUUUAAGUUAGUUGACAGUUGUCAAAUGUCAUACAAUCGUUAAAAUAAAGUGCCUUUCUUGUAAAAUAUUACUAAAUGUGAAAAUUAUUUUAUUAUCUCAAUACAAAAAUAUUAAAUAGUUUCUCAACGCCAAUAUUUGAAAAGUUUAUAUGAACAUUGUACUGACCUUUUAAUUUCGCCGGCAGUAAACUAUAACUUAAAUUCGGGCACGGACUAUACUGUUAAGUCCUCAUAAAACAUUUCCUUUACUUUCAAUUUUCAAGAUACAUUUCGAUUUAUAACCUUUAUAAUUGUGUUUAUAAAAUGUAAAAAUAUGACAUUUGACAGUUUCCCCUGUUGUUUCAUAGAUGGCGCUCUAUACAAAUUUUUGAUUUAAAUUAUUUUAAGAUAAUAAUAAGUAUUUGUCGUAGAAAAAGUAUAGUAUGCACCUCGUUUAUAAACAUUUCUAUACACUCAUUAACUUAAGCACUCGCUCGCAAGCUCGCUCGUGCCUAAAUUAAAUUCGUGUAUAAAAUGGCGUUUAUCAAACUUGAUACAUAAUAUACUAUUAUUGUCAUUUUACUAACCUACGUUAACAAAAUUACUGUCACAACCUACUUAUGACACUGUUGAUGAAAAUUAUGAUAGGGAUUAUACAAAUUGCAGACAGACACAAGUCUCCAUGUAGGGAUUAAUUUCAAAAAUUUAUUUUUGCCACUGUUGCAGUAUGAACUAUUAGUAAUUUUACACUUAUUGCACAAAAAAACCCAAAAUUCAGUUUUUUUGACUUAUGACACUGUUGUCGCCCAUGUGCGAUAUAAAUCAUAAAUCAUUUAUUUAUUUUUUGCCAAACGCAUGCUGAUUAGGGUGUGUCAUUUUUGAGUAACUUAUUUUUUUUAACUAAAAAGCAGGCUAAAAACUUUCAGGAAGGUGAAAAAAAAAGCCUCUAAAAAAUUGAGCUCCAUUUUCCAUUUAAAUAACAUGGAAAAAAAAUUUCUUGUUUCUUAUUUUUGUAUCUUGACAUUUAAGCAUUGUAAAAACGAACUAAAAAAUAUUUUGGUAGGAAAUUGAACGCUCUACAAAAAAGUACUAAUUUAUUUUUUCAUAGAGUAAGCCGUUCUGAAGGUCAGUCACGUUCGAGUGUUCGUCAAAGUUAGUCGCAUCUUACAUCUUGCCGUCGCGCUCUUGAAACUUACAAACAGCAAUGCUCGCGACUCGCGUGCGGGAGAUCUCUUGAAACGUAAAAGUUUAAAGAUGAAACCAACAAUAAUUUUAAAAAAAAAAGAGGUGCGAACUGAUAAGUGAAACAAACAUUUUCAUGGAGUGCAAGCUAAAAUGGUGUAACGGUCAUUGAGGAGCGGAGUGUUGGGUGAUAUGAAUGACUUGGGUGCCACCUGUCAUUGGAGGCUUAUCACUGGACGGACGGGGGAGGUCGGAGAAGAGGGGAGGUGGCCAUCCGCAAGGGGAAAAAUCUGAUAAGUUUUACUUUAAGAGUAUGCAUGACCUGAUACAAAUCUGCAAUAUAAACAUUAACCAUUAACAUUGCCCGUAUUCAUUUCAUUAAACAUAACAUUUAUUUUACUUGAAAAUGUUAAAAUGACUUUAAAAUAUGAUUAUGUUAAGAACAUAUUUUACUCUUUAAACAAUUGUUUUGUUUUUAAUUACUAUCAUUGCAAAAUUGUAUUAAAAAGUGUUAAAAAUUCUUACACGGGCAAUGUUAAUGGUGGGAUAUCUUUAAAACCUAAGAAGGGCACGCAGCGUGGGGCAAUAAGUCUGUCAACAGCAAAUGCGUAAGGCGGACCCAAUCGAGCCGGAAAAUAAACACUGGACUGACAGAGUAAACUAACAUUGAACAAAAUUCUAACACAUUAAAAAAAAGGGCCUAAUAGCC